AAUAUGAGUGCCGAAGGACCGGAAGAUGCUAUCUAGUAGUAUUCGCUACUAGCUGGACACUGGACAGUACCUCAUUAACUAACACGCUAACGGCAGUUAAUUUAACCAUUUUAAAUAUUUGCCAUACAUUGGCUGAGAUAAGUCUUAUUUUAUGUUGCCAUUGAAAUCCCUGAGAUGGCAGACGAUGAAGAUGAUUAUAUGUCAGACGCCUUCCUCAAGAAGAUGGAAGAAGUGAGACCAGGCGUGCCCAUGGUGAAACGAGUGAAAGCCGCACUGAAAAGAGAAACACUGCACAAGGAAAAAAAUGAAAAGAACCGUCAGAAGACCUACAAGGAGCAGGAGCAGGAGAGUCGGGAGGCCUUGCUGCACAACAGCAUCAGCAAUGAAAACCGAGGUUUUGCAAUGCUACAGAAAAUGGGCUACAAAGCUGGCCAGGGACUGGGAAAAGACGGGGCAGGAAGGGUUGAACCUAUUCCACUGAAUAUCAAAACAGACCGAGGUGGCAUUGGAAUAGAGGAAGUGAAAAAGAGAAAGGCGGAGGAGAAGCUGGAGCAUUACAGGCGCAAGGUACAGGUGAAACAGCACGUUGAGAAGCAGUCACUGGAGGACUACAGGGCCAGGAUGAAGAUAGAGAGGGAGGAGAGGCAGGCGGAAGGGGACCUCAGGAGGAGCCAGCGCGCCUGUGAGCAGCUGGACAGCCAGAAGCACAUUAGUGUCCCAAGAGAAAGCUGGUACUGGCCGGAGACUGACUGUGACAAAGAGGAAGACGACGACGAAGAGACUGAAGCCAAGCAAGAGAACGAGGAAGACGAGGAAGAAGAGCUCACUGCUGUAGACAAGCUGCAGAUUUUGACAUCAUACUUAAGAGGCGUGCAUUUCUACUGCAUAUGGUGUGGGACCACGUACAAUGAUGAAGAGGAUUUGACAUCAAACUGUCCAGGUGACUCGGCCGCGGACCAUGACUGAACGGGCCAGUAGCCUAUGGAACGAGAGAAGCAUUCCCAGCCCUUACGCUGCUAGUCUUCCUCAGUUCCUGCGGAGCAUCUGGACAUGGACAUUAGGGAAUGACAGUCACUGUCACUUGGGUGGUUUCAGACACGCUGUAUAUAUGAACAGUGUAUUUCAAAGUAUUUUGUAAAAUAGUUCUUUAGUAAUGUUAUUAAAAAUAUAAAAUAGUUGUAGCCUAAUUUGGUAUCUGCCUGAAAUAGAAAACAAAAGUUUCUGUAUUGAGGUGAGGAAAUCUGUAGUCUGUAACUUACAGUAAAUGUUUUCUCCUAAUGAAUGUUUAAGCUUAAAGCCGAUUUUUGUAGUCAUUGUAUUUUCUUGCUUGUGUUUUAGUUUCGUGUUAUAAAAAUAAAGUCUUGUUUCAGAGUGAAGAA